GGAGCGCGACUUCCCUGUGUCGUGGCUUCGAACGCUCCGCGAGUUUUCCUUUUCAGUUGUCGGAAACGAAGAACUAUUUACAGUAUAUACCCAUAUUUCACUGCGAUUUCAUUAUUUCACUUAUCUGUGUACUCGGUGCUUUGUGAAUUCGUGUGAAAUAAGUUCAAACUCAAACUAUGCACAAUUUAAAAAUUAGUUAUAAAAGUUCUUUAAAUUCUUCACCUUGCAUCAACGCGCAAACGGAGAAGAUGCGGAGGAUUUUUGAUGGCAUCGGAGCCAGGAACUAAUAACAAGCUAUGAUGAGGAUGUUGAUGGAUUUUGUUCGAGCAGCGGUUUUCGUGGCGAUGCUUGAUGUUCGGCUUGGCGCGACGGAAAAUUGGGACUCGAAUGCGACGGAUUCGAAUGACCUGAUCCUGAAGUAUCUCGACAAGGAGGAGGAUUGGGGUUUGGAUAAUAAUGGAACGGUUGCUGGUACUGUCAAGAGUGAUCAACGAUUGGGAAAUGAUACUGAUCUGGUGUACUAUGCUGACAGCAAUUACACAGCUAAUUGGACAACUGAAGAGGAUUAUUUGAAUCAGAUCCGCAACUUUAUAUUCCCGAAGACAUGGACCUGGGUCUUAAUUGUCAUCCACUGUCUGGUAUUUACUGUGGGAAUCGUUGGCAAUAUGCUGGUGUGCAUCGCUGUUUACAGGAAUCAUUCUAUGAGGACUGUCACCAACUACUUUAUCGUUAAUUUGGCCAUCGCAGAUUUUCUUGUCAUCCUGUUUUGCCUGGCUCCGACCGUCGUUUGGGACGUUACCUUGACCUGGUUUUUCGGCAUCGCUCUAUGCAAGAUUGUCCUUUAUAUUCAGACGGUUUCAGUAACAGUGUCUGUCCUGACGCUCACGUUCAUCUCCAUUGAUAGAUGGUACGCAAUCUGUUAUCCUCUGAAGUUCCGCUCUACAACUGGCAGAGCAAAAACCGCCAUCGGAAUCAUAUGGUUCCUUGCUCUUUUAUUUGAUAUACCGGAAUUAGUUGUAUACACGACGAAGCAGAAUGAAAUGUUGCCCAUAGACACGAUAUAUUUCACGCAAUGCGAACCGACUUGGUCUCAGGCGACGGACACGUUUUGGACUGCACUGAAAAUGCUGCUACUCUAUAUCAUCCCCUUGAUAUUUAUGACUGUAACGUAUUAUCAGAUCAUUGGGGUUUUAUGGAGGUCCGGGAACGCUAAUCAACAUACUUUGGAGGUGCCUGGCAGACAGAACACGAUUUCCGUGAACACAAACACAAACAUCGAGAGCCAACUGAGAUCCAGGAUCAAGGCUGCCAAAAUGCUUGUCGCCGUGGUGAUCAUGUUUGGCGUUUGCUAUUUUCCAGUCCACUUGCUCUCGUUGCUAAGAUUGACCAGCGAAUUGAAAAACACGGACACGAACAGAGCCUUUGCUUUGAUGUCGCAUUGGCUUUGUUAUGCCAAUAGCGCUGUGAAUCCGCUAAUCUAUAACUUCAUGAGUGGGAAAUUCAGGAAGGAGUUCCGUCGUGCCAUCGAUUGCUGCUCUUCCUCGGACGGUCAGAGGUCCUACGAAAUGAACAGCUUCUACUACAAGAGCCGCGGGGAUUCCUCGAUGAUGGUGAGAAGUUCACGAAAGAGGGACGCAGAAAUGCGCAAAUUAAACAAUUCCGAUACGGAAUUUAUGAUCCAGAGGCGAGGAACCAGGACGAGCGUCGUCAAAAUCGAACUAUAAAUAAAAAAAAACAAUGAAAGAGAAAGAGAAAAUGAGGAAAACUCUCCUUAAUUAUUAUAGAAAGGUAUUUCAUCGAUGCACAUAUUCCACUCCGCUCAAUCCCUUGACUAUUGUUACCUUUGUACUCAACCGGGCGCAGUAUUCGCAAUUAAAUUAACUAAAUCAACCUGAAUUUGAAGUUGAUUCAAUACAAUUAAGUAUGAUGUAUCGAUCUGCUUGUUUGUCGCGCAAAUUAAUGGUUUCAUUGACACGAUCAAUAUUUCAAACUUAAUUAAUUUCCUAAAAUUAAU